UCUUCAGACGAGCUACCGCGCCCGCCGCGAAUUGGAUCUCUAUGGAGGUGGCAUAGGCGAUAUCCCUGAGCUGAGAGCAUCGCCCGGCCCCCCGAAUCCUUCUUCCCUCUGUUUUGUUUUUCAUUUCUCCCCUUCCUCCCUUACCCCCUCUCCCCUCCAGUCCGCGACGACUGGCUCUUGACCCCGUUCAGGCCUCGGUGAAGGCUUUUGGUUACUCCCCUUCCACCCUAUCCCUUAAUUUUAUUUUUUUUGAAGCGUCUGCAUUUCAAGCUGCCAAGUUGGAGAGAGUGAUUGCAGAAGGGAGUGCUCCUCAUUUCAGGUAUCUUACCCUCUAGCUGUUACUGAGAAAACCAUUUUGAUUCAGGAUCUAAUAUGAGAAUCCAAAGCUUACUCUGAGCCAAAUCAUAAAGUUUAAAUCAAAAGUAGCUAUAUUUAGGUAGACACUAAAUUUGAAUGCCUUAACUUAUAAGGCUGGUAUUCAUCAGAGGUCCUAAACUUUGCAUUACCCUUCCAUUUAAUUUUGCUUUUAAAAAACUAUUAUAUGAGGAAUAAACCUAUUUAAAUGAGAGUUUUCUUUAGGUCUUCGUUAAGCCUUCACCUAAAGAAUAAUGGGAUGCAGAGUAAUCAGUAAAAUAUAUGCAUUAUUUUGAAUGAGUCUUAUUUUGGAUAAUAUAAAUAUUUAUGUAAUUUAAGUCCAGAGAAAUAGUAGCUAACUUUUGGUUUACAGUUUAUUUUUCAAUGUUAACACACAGUGUUUAGAUACAACAGAAUUCUGUGUCUUGCAAAACUUUGAACUGUUUGUGUGUUUUUGACAUAGCUCAUCAGAAUAAUUACUAGCCCUGAAAGGAGCCUUAAGAUGUAUGACGGUGUCAACAGUGAAUGUAUCUAAUGGCAGUAGGCAUCAGAAAGCUAGAAGAGAUUCCAAGAUACUGUAUAUCAUGAAAGGGGAUGAUAAAUUAUGGCCCCAUGCUGUCUGUUUUUAUAAAUAGAGAUUUAUUGGAACACAGUUGUGCCCAUUCUUUAACGUUUUGUCUAUGGCUGCUGCCAUGCUACAACUACAAAGCUGAGUAGUUGCAACAAAGACCAUACGGCCCAUCAGGUAAAAAACAUUUACCGUAUGGCACUUUACAGGAGAAGUUUGCCAACCCUGCCAUGGGACCUCAAGGUCCCUUCCUUAAAAAUGCAUUUAUCAACUCAUUAUUUCUUAGUCCAAUGGUUCCCAAACUGUGUUUUAUAGAAGAUUACUGUUAUCUUAAGUUAAUAAGCGUUGUGAGAAAAAGAUCAAUGCUAACAAUAGUUUCUUCUUUUAGAAUUUAUUUUAAAAUGUAAGUUUAAGACUACUAAACUCAUUUCUAUAGCUUUUAUUUUUAUGUGAUAAUCUACCUUUAAGAAAAGGUGUGCCAUACCUGAGAGCACCAGGAAGUCGAAUGAGAGAUCACCUGAUACACGAACGUGUGAUGUUCCAUCUGCGCGUUGAUGCAUAGGCAGCACUUACAAAUUAACUGAUGUGUUGCUAUAUAUCAUCUCUUUGAUGGUUGCUCAUCUUCUGUGUAUCCUGUCUUAUAAUUUCAACACAUUUGUGAUACUCAAUGUUUAUUCUAAAUUAACCAUGUUUUGUACCACAAAUUCAUUGCCUAUGGAUCUGUUGCUGAAACAAGGAAGUCUUAAACAAGAAGUAGAAUCUUUUUGUUACCAAAUUGUGUCUGAAUCAAAUGAUCAAAAGGUUGGAAUAUUACAGAGUGAAGAUGAGCAGUUGCAGCCUGCAGUUUCUAAAAAUUCAGAAGGUGAGCUUUCCAGGGUCAAAUUUAUGUCCAAUUCCAACAAAAUAACAACAUUUAGUAAGAAACCAAAAAGAAGAAAAUAUGAUGAAAGUUAUUUGUCUUUUGGAUUUACUUACUUUGGAAAUAGAGAUGCACCUCAUGCCCAGUGUGUAUUAUGUAAGAAAAUUUUAUCAAAUAGCUCUUUGGCCCCUAGUAAGCUUCGAAGACAUUUGGAAACUAAACAUGCUGCAUACAAAGACAAAGACAUAAGCUUUUUCAAGCAACAUCUUGAGUCACCUGAAAAUAAUAAACCCCCAGCACCUAAAAUUGUCAAUACAGAUAAUGAAAGUGCUACAGAAGCAUCAUACAAUGUAAGUUACCAUAUAGCCCUGAGUGGAGAGGCUCAUACUAUUGGAGAAUUGCUUAUCAAGCCUUGUGCAAAAGAUGUGGUGAUGCGGAUGUUUGACGAACAGUAUAGUAAAAAAAUAGAUGCAGUACAGCUAUCAAACAGUACUGUUGCACGUCGAAUUAAGGAUCUAGCUGCUGACAUUGAAGAAGAGCUUGUUUGUAGACUGAAAAUUUGUGAUGGGUUUUCACUGCAACUAGAUGAAUCAGCUGAUGUUUCAGGACUUGCUGUGCUGCUUGUGUUUGUUCGUUACAGGUUUAAUAAGUCUAUUGAGGAAGACCUACUCUUAUGUGAGUCUUUGCAAAGUAAUGCCACUGGUGAAGAAAUUUUCAACUGCAUCAACAGUUUUAUGCAGAAACAUGAAAUUGAAUGGGAAAAAUGUGUUGAUGUUUGUAGUGAUGCUUCCAGGGCAAUGGACGGGAAAAUUGCUGAGGCUGUCACCUUGAUAAAAUAUGUGGCUCCCGAAAGCUCCAGUAGUCACUGCCUGUUAUAUAGGCAUGCACUAGCAGUUAAAACAAUGCCUGCAUCUCUGAAAAAUGUGCUAGAUCAGGCCGUACAAAUCAUCAAUUAUAUUAAAGCUCGACCACAUCAAUCCAGACUACUAAAAAUUUUGUGUGAAGAAAUGGGUGCCCAGCACACAGCACUUCUUCUAAAUACAGAGGUGAGGUGGCUUUCCCGAGGUAAAGUUCUUGUAAGACUUUUUGAGCUUCGUCGUGAACUGUUGGUUUUCAUGGAUUCUGCUUUUCGACUGUCUGAUUGUUUAACAAAUUCAUCUUGGCUGCUAAGACUGGCAUAUCUUGCAGAUAUUUUUACUAAAUUAAAUGAGGUUAAUCUGUCAAUGCAAGGAAAAAAUGUGACAGUGUUCACAGUAUUUGAUAAAAUGUCAUCAUUGUUAAGAAAAUUGGAAUUUUGGGCCUCAUCUGUCGAAGAAGAAAACUUUGAUUGUUUUCCUACACUCAGUGACUUUUUGACUGAAAUUAAUUCUACAGUUGAUAAAGAUAUUUGCAGUGCCAUAGUGCAGCACCUAAGGGGUUUGCGCUCUACUCUGUUAAAAUAUUUUCCUGUAACAAAUGACAAUAAUGCUUGGGUUAGAAAUCCAUUUACAGUAACUGUUAAACCAGCCUCAUUAGUAGCACGGGACUACGAGAGCCUGAUGGAUUUAACAUCUGAUUCUCAAGUGAAACAAAAUUUCAGUGAACUUUCACUAAAUGAUUUUUGGAGUAGCCUAAUUCAAGAGUACCCAAGUGUUGCAAGGCGUGCAGUUCGUGUACUUCUUCCUUUUGCUACAAUGCACCUGUGUGAGACAGGAUUUUCAUAUUAUGCUGCAACAAAAACGAAAUACAGGAAAAGACUUGAUGCUGCCCCUCACAUGCGGAUCCGACUUAGCAACAUUACACCUAAUAUUAAGCGGAUAUGUGACAAAAAGACACAAAAACACUGUUCUCAUUAAAAUUGGAGGGUUUUGCAUGCCUCUUGAUAACCAAAUAUAAGAUGAAAAUA